AUUAUUUUUUCUCAGGAUUACCCAACUGGUGAAAACAAAGUGGUUUUUUUAAUAAAAGUGAACACAGUGAUGUCUUUUGUUGAUUCCAAUGGAGUUCACUCAUCAAUGCAGAACUUGGUAUCAUCAGAUGCUGCUCCGACCCCCUACUACCCUAUCAUGCCGUCGAUGCCAUCUCCACCUCCGGCGGCGGAGAUUUAUCAAGUUCCCACCCCUGGCUUUACCGUUCCUCUUCCCGAUCUAUCAGGGGUAGCACUCCCUAAUUCAAUUGAACCGGUUAAGAGGAAGCGGGGAAGGCCUAGGAAGUAUGCUCCAGAUGGUUCUGCCAACUCCGGGAUGGUCUCUCCUCCAUCGGCGGCGCAGUCUGCCGGUGGAUUUUCGCCUACGGAGGGAGGAGAUGUACCGUUGCGGAAAAAGGGUAGGGGCAGACCUCCUGGUUCUGGGAGGAAACAACAAUUGGGUGAUUUAGGAUCUGCAAGUGCUGGGACUGGAUUCAAACCACAUAUUAUCACAGUACAAGCAGGGGAGGAUGUAUGGGCAAAACUAAUGUCAUUCUCUCAAAGUACCUCUCAAGCUGUCUGCAUCAUGUCAGCUAAUGGCUCCAUAUCUAAUGUGACACUUCAGCAAGCAGCACUGUCUGUUGGAAAUGUAGCAUAUGAGGGUCAGUUUGAGAUCCUGUCUCUGUCUGGUCACUUUCUACCAUCAGAAUCUGGUGGCGAGCGCAUCAGGACAGGUGGUUUGGGUGUGUUACUAGCUGGAGCAGAUGGCCAGGCACUAGGUGGUGGUGUGGCAGGAGUUCUUACUGCUGCAUCGGCUGUACAGGUUAUUGUAGGCACUUUUGGUAUGCAAGGGCAAAAGCAGUUGAAAUUGGAUAAUUCUGAUGGUUUUGGCGUGCCAUCCUUGGUGCAUCCCCCUGGAUCAACAGCGGCUAAAAGUCCCUCGUCAUUUGGAACUGUAAGCGAGUCCAGUGGUGAGCCUGUGAGUCCUCAUAAUCAGCUUGGUGAAACUUCAACUAUUAGCACUCCCGUGGUUGCUAAUAACUUGCCCUGGUAAAUGAUAGGAGUGAUGACUUACCUCAUUUCAAUGAUUAUCAUAUCGACAACUUGUGUUGAUAUUCCCUCCAUCCCUUGUUAGAGAAGCCAACCUUUAUGUGUUGGUUUAGAUUUUCAUUCUAGUUUGAUUUUAUUAUAUAAGCACCGCGUUGUGUAAACAUUAAACGGAUCAGUUUGAAUUUUGUAUUUGGAAAUUGUCGAGUUCUAUUUCUCGAUGAAGCAGAAAAUUUGAAGUUAUAUAAAACUCCUAGAUUUGCUA